AUGGCAGACAACGAUUCACUGAUUCUCAAGGGUCUCCAAUCCCUCUCCAAGGCCCAAGAUACUCGCUUGGAACUAUACAAGGAAUUUGACGAUGCAUACAAGGAUUACCUAGUCGAUGCAUGUCCUCCUGAACAAUAUCAUUCCAUCUGCAAAAUCGUCACAGAGGGAUUCCAAGAAGUGUCAUUAGAUGUCCAAGCAAUUGAACGCGCAAUGUUGGACGCAUUUAACCGUAAAGAUAUUGCAACCAUGAUUCGCCGUCUUCAAGAAGCUGAAAAAGAAAAACUUCGUGAGACUGCAACCCUUCAAAUUCUUUCAAUUGAGGCACGCAAGGGAGACAAGGAUUACGAUGACACAAUCCAAGAGAAAACCUCUUUGUUAAAACAGAUCCAAGCUAAUAUCCAAGAUAUAUGGGAUGAGAUUCGACAAGAAACAGCCGAACUAUCCUUUCAACUCGCAGAUAAUUCGAAAUAA